ACCCAUUCAUCUUCUCCGUUCGACGUUCGUCUUCGCCGUCGAUUCGUCGUCCAGCCGUUCGAUUCGCCUUCGAUUCGUCGUCCAGCCGUUCGAUUCGCUGUCCAGCCGUUUGAUCCUCGUCGAUUUGCCGUUCUACGUUCAUCAUCUUCGCUGUCAGAUCCUUGUCUGGCCUUGUCUCGUCCAGCCGUUCGUCUUCGCUGUCGAUCCGCCGUUCUCCAUAAGGAUGUCAGGCAAACUGAGAAAAUUAAGAAAAGUCCUGAUAUUGAUUUCAUGUACACGAAGGCUUUGUAUUAUGCUCUUCCAAUGGAUUAUAUGACAGUAGCAAAACUUCAGACUAAGCUAGAUGGAGAGGCUAAACAGAAUACUGUUCGAAAAUUGAUCGACAAGAUAGCUCAGGAUGGAUACCUGAAAAGCUCAGGCAGCAAGAGAUUGGGUAGGCGUGUUGUUCACUCUGAAUCCACCAACAUAAAGCUCAUUGAAGUCAAAAAGAUUAUAGAGGACCAACCUAUGGAAAUAAUCAAAGAACUGAUGGAAAUGUUACCACACAUGAAAGAGCUUAUGGAUAUGUAUUGUGGCCCUGAUAGAGUGACUGCAAAGAAACAAAUGCAGGAGUUAGACAGAGUCGCAAAAACUCUACCAGAGAAUAUACCUUCAUCUGUGAAGAGGUUCACUGAUCGUGUCGUUCUUUCACUUCAAGUUUUUUUUUUUUUUCAACUUAGUUUAGUUUCCUGUAAAUCUUAAAAUGUGUCAUUCUCUGAAAUGAAAAACACUGAAUAUGGCAAACUGAAAUAUUUAAACAGGCCUUUAAGUGUUGACUUGGAAAUGGAAAUGAAUGUAAUUAUUUUGCAAUGGGAGCAAAUUCUUUGUUUAUCAUAA